AUGACGUCGCGCUCACAGAGAACUCUUCGAUUUACUCCUUCAUUCGCGUCUGUUCUGAUUGUGUCCAGUCUCUUGCGAAUAGCGCUGAUCCUGUACAGCGAAUGGCACGACGCUCAAUCCGUCGUCAAAUACACCGAUGUCGACUACCGUGUCUUCAGCGACGCUGCCCGCUUCGUGCUCCAUCCAUCUUCUGACAAUCGGGCGCAAGGUCCCUUGGGGGCGUGGCUGAACCUCGGCGAUCCAUACGCUAGAGCGACUUACCGCUACACGCCGCUGCUUGCUCUAUUGGUCACGCCAAACGAAUGGCUGCACCCCUCCUUCGGGAAAUACAUCUUCGCAGGAUGUGACCUUUUAGCCGGUGCUCUGAUUUACGAGAUCUUAGUGUCUGUGAUACUUCCGUCGGUGUCGAAAGCGGAAAACAAGGAUGACAAGUCUCUGAAGCCACAAACCGCUCAGGCAAUCCUCCUCACAUGUGUUCACCUCUUCAACCCCCUCGUCUUUACCAUCUCGACACGAGGCUCGUCUGAAGCGGUGCUUUCACUCUUUGUGCUUCUCACCCUGUACUGUGCCUUGAAGGAAAGAUGGAACUCAGCCGCAGUCCUUCUGGGGAUUAGCACCCACUGGAAGAUCUACCCGUUCAUCUACGGAGUUGCUUGCCUUGGCGUCAUUGGGAGCGAGAGUGGAGUAGGGAGGGGCUGGAAGGGUUACCUCAAGACCCUCGUCAACUGGCGGACGGUAAAAUUUGGGCUGUUGAGUGCGGCGACCUUCUUGGCUUUGGGUGCAGUAAUGUAUAUGAUAUGGGGAUACCCCUUCUUGUACGAGUCAUACCUCUAUCAUCUAUACCGAUUGGACCACCGGCACAAUUUCUCCCCCUACUUCUACCUCAUGUACCUCACAUACCCAUCACCAUCCUCAGCGUCCAGCCUCAUGAGGAUGCCACUCUGGAGGAAGCUCCUUGGAUCUCCUCUCACGAGCUUUAUUCCUCAGAUGAUCCUAUCUUUGGGAACCGGCCUGACGUUUGGACGUCGGAAGGAUGAUUUGGCGUUCGCCUGGUUUGUUCAGACCGUUGCCUUUGUAGUGUUCAACAAAGUUUGCACCUCUCAGUACUUUUUGUGGUAUAUUAUCUUCUUACCAGUGCUCAUUCCCCGUCUAUCUAUCUCAACCCGACGCGUGGCGCUUUACCUCUUCGUAUGGGUUGCCACUCAGGCGCUGUGGUUGAGUGAGGCUUACAAACUUGAGUUCUUGGGGAAGAACGUUUUCUUCGGAUUGUGGGUGCGAAGUCUGAUUUACGUCGCUGGAAACUGUGGCGUCCUUGCGGGUAUCAUGGAUGGGUACACGAGGCGAUAA